CGGCGGCGGCGCCGGGAGCGCGCCCGUUGCAAGAUGGCGACGGCCAUGCUGGGCCCCGGAGCUGUGUGUGCGCAGCGGGCGGCGCUGCGGCCUGGGCGGCUGGCGCGGCGACGGCGCUAGCCCGGCCCUCGGUCCCCCUUCGCGGCCGCUCCCUCCGCCUCUUCCCGCCUUCCCCGACAUGGAUCUGCCCGUGGGCCCCGGCGCGGCUGGGCCCAGCAACGUCCCGGCCUUCCUGACCAAACUGUGGACCCUCGUGAGCGACCCGGACACUGACGCGCUCAUAUGCUGGAGCCCGAGCGGGAACAGCUUCCACGUGUUUGACCAGGGCCAGUUUGCCAAGGAGGUGCUGCCCAAGUACUUCAAGCACAACAACAUGGCCAGCUUCGUGCGGCAGCUCAACAUGUAUGGCUUCCGGAAAGUGGUCCACAUCGAGCAGGGCGGCCUGGUCAAGCCAGAGAGAGACGACACGGAGUUCCAGCACCCAUGCUUCCUGCGUGGCCAGGAGCAGCUCCUUGAGAACAUCAAGAGGAAAGUGACCAGUGUUUCCACCCUGAAGAGCGAGGACAUCAAGAUCCGCCAGGACAGCGUCACUAAGCUGCUGACGGACGUGCAGCUGAUGAAGGGGAAGCAGGAGUGCAUGGACUCCAAGCUGCUGGCCAUGAAGCAUGAGAAUGAGGCUCUGUGGCGGGAGGUGGCCAGCCUUCGGCAGAAGCAUGCCCAGCAGCAGAAAGUCGUCAACAAGCUCAUCCAGUUCCUCAUAUCGCUGGUGCAGUCAAACCGGAUCCUGGGGGUGAAGAGAAAGAUCCCCCUGAUGCUGAACGACAGCGGCUCGGCACAUUCCAUGCCCAAGUAUGGCCGGCAGUUCUCCCUGGAGCACGUCCAUGGCCCGGGCCCCUACUCGGCCCCAUCCCCGGCGUACAGCAGCUCCAGCCUCUACGCCCCCGAUGCUGUGGCCAGUUCUGGACCCAUCAUCUCUGACAUCACUGAGCUGGCUCCUGCCAGCCCCGUGGCCUCCCCCGGCGGGAGCAUAGAUGAGAGGCCCCUGUCCAGCAGCCCCCUGGUGCGUGUCAAGGAGGAGCCCCCAAGCCCGCCUCAGAGCCCCCGGGUAGAGGAGGCAAGUCCCGGGCACCCAUCUUCCGUGGACACCCUCUUGUCCCCGACCGCCCUCAUUGACUCCAUCCUGCGGGAGAGUGAGCCUGCCCCCGCCUCCGCCACAGCCCUCACGGACGCCAGGGGCCACACGGACACCGAGGGCCGACCCCCCUCACCCCCGCCCACCUCCACCCCUGAAAAGUGCCUCAGCGUAGCCUGCCUGGACAAUUUGGCUCACACUCCACAGAUGUCUGGGGUCGCCCGCCUCUUCCCCUGCCCCUCCUCCUCUCCACAUGGCCGAGUCCAGCCAGGGAAUGAGCUCAGCGACCACUUGGAUGCUAUGGACUCCAACCUGGACAACCUGCAGACCAUGCUGAGCAGCCACGGCUUCAGUGUGGACACCAGCGCCCUGCUGGAUCUGUUCAGCCCCUCAGUGACUGUGCCCGACAUGAGCCUGCCUGACCUUGACAGCAGCCUGGCCAGUAUCCAGGAGCUCCUGUCUCCCCAGGAGCCCCCCAGGCCUCCUGAGGCGGAGAACAGCAGCCCGGAUUCAGGGAAGCAGCUGGUGCACUACACGGCGCAGCCCCUGUUCCUGUUGGACCCCGGCUCCGUGGACACCGGGAGCAGCGACCUGCCCGUGCUGUUUGAGCUGGGAGAGGGCUCCUACUUCUCCGAAGGCGACGGCUUUGCAGAGGACCCCACCAUCUCCCUGCUGACGGGCUCAGAGCCUCCCAAAGCCAAGGACCCCACUAUCUCCUAGGUGACCGGGAGGAGCCGAGCCAGCCAUGGCCUGCCCACCCCCACCCCCAGUGCAGGGCUGGUCCUGGGGAGGCGGGGCAGGCUCACGGUCCUGUGCACUGGUGGGUUGGCCACCGCAGCCCCAGCAGGAUGCACAGAGGGGCUUGGGCCUGGGCAGCACCUCUGGUCAGGAGGGUUGUCCACCUGCCAGUCUGCCUUCACCCAACCUCGUGUCCUGUGGUUUGGUUGGGGCUUCACAGCCACACCCGGACUGACCCUGCAGGUUGUUCAUAGUCAGAAUUGUAUUUUGGAUUUUUACACAACUAUCCUGUUCCCUGUUCCAUAGAGAUAUACAGAUAUAUACACACAGGUGGACAGACGGACGUACGAGACGGGCAGAGAUCUAUAAACAGACAGGCUCUAUGC